AUGGAGCAAUCCUGCAGGGCAGAGCGCCAGAGCGCGGAAAAGCCGGUGGUUCGAGUUCGGAGAGUAAGAGCAGCCAGCAGACUGAGGAGUCCGAGCGUUUCCAGUUCAAACAAGGCUAAGGAGGAAAGUGCUACGCCGUCGCAAGACAGUGAGUUCUGGAUAGACUGUCAGGCGGAGAAUCUGAAGGUCUUUAACAACCCAAAGGAUCGGCGCAUAGUGUCGAUCGCGCGUGCCAGCGGAUGCCAAUUAAAGCUGACAGAGACAAGACGCAAGAAUGCUCUGGGCCAAUGGCAACAGCUGGUCAUAAUUCAGCCCACAACCGAGACUGGCAUUCAAAAGUGUAUCAACCUAUUGGAUGAAAAAUUUCCCGAAUUUCAAAGCGGCUUUAAGCCCAGGUACAAAUGCGUUCACUCAUUGUGCUUGAAUCCGGAGCCGAAUGAGAAACGAGGCAAUUUUUCAUCCAAUGAAUGCCUGCACAUGACUGCGAUGCAGGCUCGCCGACUGGAUGUUGCCGUCUGUUCAGAGUCUUCUGGUCGCCUGUCUUCUGAAAAGAUUUACCGCGGUAACGCUUCGUCGGCGCUAUGA